AUGCCCAGGGGAUGUCCAGUAAUGGCGAGAGCCAUGAGGGCCAGGCCCAAAGCCCAGCCAGAGCUCAGGAGACCAGCAAUUGCUUCCUCCUCGCACGGGCCCGGCUCGGUCCUAUCACCGGCCUUGUGCGCUCGCCGCGCCCGUCACCCGGACGCUCUUCUCCAGACACUCCGCGGCCCGCCGGCAGGAUCUUCCGUCCACAGCGGGACCGUGAACUCUCGGAGGCGCCUCCCGGGCCUCCCCGAGCGAUUUGUCCCUAUUCGCAGCCCUCUGGCGGGGAAGCUGGGGAGGGGAGGCAUGGAUGGCGGCCAAGCUGGGUCCCCGGCCGGCGCCCGGACCGGCUCGGCACGAGAAUCAGACCUGCGCCGAGAUAGAAUGAAUGGCGCUGGCGGGGAGGUGGCGAGGGACUCCCGGGACCCCCGCUCAGCCAGGGAGGGACUCGGGCUGGGCCGUACCCGCCCCAGGCCCCCCUUUCGACCCGGCCCCGGCGGCCCACGGGCUCACGAGGACUCGGGCGGCGGCGGCUGGGGGCGGCCCGGGACGCGUGAGCGUGUGGGGAGGGGACGCACUGUGCCUCCGCCCUCGUGGCCCGGGCGGGCUGCAGCCCUCCUGCUUCUGGGGCGGUGGGGCGACCCCUCCUCACUGCACCGCCGGGCCUGGAGCUCGCUUCCCAGCCCUGGCCUGCGCUCGCUGCGCCCUGUGCCCUGGACGCGCACCGGCCGGUCCUCCCUCGCCUGGCUGCCCUCCCCAAGGGCCUCGAGUGCUGUCCGGAGCCCCUGCUAA